CUCCAAAUUCCAAAGCCCGAUGUCCAAUAUUUGUUAUGUUAUCUUCGUCUUCAUAUCCCGCUUGUUUAGCUACCCCAGCAUUUCAACCUCGGGAUACAACCCUGACUACUCGGCACGAUGUCAUUUAAGAUCUACGACGAAGGGGCCAAUGCCAUCUUUGACGCUUCUUCAACGGUCGAGGUGAUUCAUGAGAAUGACCAGUUUCCGUUCGCCCACGAAGCCGGCGUCUUCAUUCCUGAAGAAAAUGCCCUGUUCAUCACCAGUAACCAAUUCCCGGACCCAACGACCGGUCAAAAGACGAUCCAAAUAAGCAAAGUCCAACUCUCCCCGGAUGGAAAAUUCAUUAGCUGUGAAGAAGUCAACGCGCCUGAUGUUACCAUGGCAAAUGGUGGUGUGAACUACAAGGGCGGCGUACUCUUCUGCUCGCAAGGAUCCUUGACUGCGUCAGGAGGUCUUGUAUUCAUGCAGCCUAUCGCACCUUACAGAUGCGCAGCGCUCGUUACCUCAUUCUACGGGCGAGAUUUCAAUUCUCUGAAUGACGUGGUUGUUCAUUCUGAUGGCUCUGUCUGGUUCACUGAUCCAAUUUAUGGAUACGAGCAGGGUAUAAGGCCAGCUCCCCAACUACGAAACCAGGUCUAUAGAUACGAUCCCAAGGACGAAUCGGUUCGAGUCGUGGCAGAUGGAUUUGGCAGACCGAAUGGUAUCUCAUUCAGUCCUGAUGAGAAGGUUGUCUACAUCACUGAUACGGACUGGAUUCACGGUGAUGGAACUACUGAUGACACUAGAGCAAGGACCAUCUAUGCCUUUGACCUAUCAACCAUCUCAGGUGAACCAUUCCUCACCAACAAGAGAGUUUUCGCCAUGGCAGACACCGGUAUCCCCGACGGCAUCAAAUGCGAUACGAAGGGCAACGUUUACAGUGGCUGUGGCGAUGGCGUAAACGUCUGGUCACCAGGCGGCGUCUUACUCGGAAAGAUCCUUAUUUCUGGAGGCGUUGCGAACUUUUGCUUUGGUAGAAAUGGGGAGUUGUUUAUGCUGAACGAGCACAAGAUUUGGAGAGCUCAGCUAGCCAGCGGCGUCAAGGGGGCGCUGCUCGGCAUCUGAAGACAUGGUUUACUUGGAGGGACUACUAGCCUCAAAUGGCCACGAAAUUGUAUUCAUGAUUUUUAUUACUAUUAAUAUUACGGCAAAUGAUGCUUCAUUCCAUGCGUGGCAGGGCUAAUGAGAGGCUUGGCUAUUUACGGAGGCAUUUGCCGUUUGCCGAUCUUCGGCCUCUGCUUCGGCGUCUGGAGCUAAAGCCGGCCGUUCUCCAAACAGUCUCAGUUAAUCAUGAGAGCAAAACCCCAUAGCGAAUGCCUCGG